UAGGACGGGCAAGGCAAAGCAAGCCAGUUGCAGAGCGAGCAACGCAACCCCGAAAGCCAAAAUGGCAAUAAUGCACUCCUUGGCCUGUCUUAUACAACCGCUCCUCCUCCUCCUCCUCCUCCUCCUCCACCUCCCCUCCUCCUCGGCCACCCUCCUCGAAGACACUUGCCGCUCCAUCACCGCCUCCCGCUCCGACCUCACCCCUGACAUCUGCAUCUCCUCUCUCAGCACCGACCCCUCCAGCCGCUCCGCCGACCUCCACGGCCUCGCCCUCAUCGCCACUCACCUGUCGAUCGUCAACGCGACGAGCACCGCAGCGAAAGUGCAGAAGCUGAUUGACGAGGGUCCCGAACCCAAAACUUCCGAUUGCCUUAGCGUCUGUCUCGAUGUCUACUCCGACGCUGCCGAUCAUCUCAGGGAAGCUUCUGCCGGGAUUGAAUCAAGAAAUUACCCCGACGCCGUUACAUUUCUGAGCGCGGCGGUAGACGCGGCGGAGAAUUGCGAGGAUGCGUUUGGGGAUGAGAAUAUGAAUUCACCGAUGGCGGAGGACGACAGGGGAUUUGAACGGAUGGCGAAGAUUGCGCUUGCCAUUGUGUCCACUUUGAGAUGAUCAGGGUGGUAUCGGUAAUCAGCGGAAUCUUGAUUUGGGUUUUUACGUAGAUAUAUAGAUAAUUAAGUUGAAUAUUCUGGGUUUCUUCCUUUCUUUUAUUCGCGUUUGUGAGAGACCGAACAACUUUCUUUCUACUUUUUACAGCAGUUUUUUAGCAAAAAAUUUCAUAGAGUAAUGAAAACUGUCUCAAACGAAGCCUGAGAGUGGCGGUGAUCUCCACUUCUCUGUAUUGUUUGCUGGUUUUUGUUCUCUGGGAUUUGGAUUUAAAGUUGGGAGGUUCAUGCCGGGA